CUUCGACCUUGCUUCCGUUGCUUCUACAACCUCUACUUCGCCUAUUCUCCCCUGAGUCCAUCAUCUCAAUCCGCCGAUUCAAUCUUUGUCCUCCAAUUCCCUCCCACCUCUUCCCUGCUGCUGCUUUGCCCAUCACCGGACAAUCUUUGGUUGGUCGCAGUUCUUAUCAUCACUUGGCUUCCUCGAGGUUGAGUUCUCUCGGAAGGGAAGAGGUAUCGCCCAUUGGAGUAGGGGUUUUCCAUCCUCAGCGCCUUUGCCAUUGGGACGCUAGAGUUUCACAUUGCUCGGCUGUGGUCGCCAAAGCUGUCAAUGGGAUGUACGGAGUGAAUCAUAGAUCUGGAAGAGAGACGAAGCUGUGGUGAGGGAGUCGGUAGAAGAGGCAGAGGGAAGAGCAAGCUCGCCGAUAAUCGGAUCCGACAUGAGGGCGGGGUUUUCGAGGUUAGGGUUUUUCCUCAUUGCGCUGUCGUUGAUUGUGGUGCCGUCGCAGUCCGCGGUCUCGAGCAUAGAUCUGGGCUCAGAAUGGAUGAAAGUCGCCGUCGUCAACAUCAAAAGGGGGCAAAGUCCCAUCACCAUAGCGAUCAACGAGAUGUCGAAGCGCAAGUCCCCGGCUUUAGUGGCGUUCCAAUCAGGCACACGUCUUAUGGGUGAAGAAGCUGCCGGUUUGGUCGCUCGGUACCCCGAUAAAGUCUAUUCUCAAAUCAGGGACCUGAUUGCUAAACCCUUUGAUUACGCCAAAAGCUUUCUUGACUCCAUGUACUUGCCCUUCGAUGUCGUGGAGGAUUCGAGAGGGUCGGUGAGCUUCAGGGUUGAUGAUAGCGGGACCGUGUAUACGGUUGAGGAGUUGUUGGGGAUGAUCAUCAGUUAUGCAGCGAGUUUAGCUGAGUUCCAUUCCAAGUUACCAAUUAAAGAUGUGGUGAUUUCGGUCCCGCCAUAUUUCGGACAGGCCGAGCGCAGAGGAUUGCUCCAGGCGGCACACCUCGCAGGGAUCAAUGCCCUCUCUUUGAUUAAUGAGCCCUCUGGCGCUGCAUUGCAGUAUGGGAUUGAUAAGGAUUUCUCGAACGAGUCUAGGCAUGUCUUGUUUUAUGACAUGGGUUCGAGCAGCACUUAUGCCGCGCUGGUGUACUUCUCAUCGUAUGCUGCCAAAGAACUUGGAAAGAGUCUAACUGUGAACCAGUUUCAGGUUAAGGAUGUCAGAUGGAACCAUGAACUUGGAGGUCAGAAUAUGGAAUUAUGUUUGGUGGAGUAUUUUGCUGAUGAGUUCAACAAACAACUUGGAAUUGGGGUUGAUGUGAGAAAACAUCCCAAGGCAAUGGCUAAAUUGAAGAAACAGGUUAAACGCACAAAAGAAAUUCUGAGUGCGAAUAAAGUUGCUCCAAUAUCAGUUGAAUCCCUUUAUGAUGAUCGAGAUUUCAGGAGCACAAUCACUCGUGAGAAAUUUGAAGAGCUCUGUGCAGAUUUAUGGGAAAAAGCUCUUCUACCUGUUAAACAAGUGCUUCAAAAUUCUGGUUUGAAGGUGGAAGAAAUAUAUGCUGUGGAAUUGAUUGGAGGUGCCACUAGAGUACCAAAGUUGCAGGCUACACUGCAAGAGUUUAUCGGAAAGAAAGAGCUGGACAAACAUCUCGAUGCUGAUGAAGCUAUUGUUCUUGGUUCAGCUCUAUGUGCGGCAAACCUGAGUGAUGGAAUCAGAUUGAACAAAAAGCUUGGAAUGGUGGAUGGUUCUCCAUAUGGAUUUAUGGUUGAACUGAAUGGUCCUGACCUUGUUACAGAUGACAGCACCAGGCAGUUACUUGUACCACGAAUGAAGAAGCUUCCCUCCAAGAUGUAUAGAUCUAUCGUCCAUAACAAAGAUUUUGAAGUUUCCCUGGCAUAUGAGAGUGGAGAGCUUUUACCACCUGGUGUUAGCUCCCCAGAUUUUGCUCACUAUGCUGUUUCUGGCCUUUCAGAGGCCUCUGAAAAAUAUUCAUCGAGGAAUUUGUCCUCUCCCAUCAAAGCAAAUUUGCACUUCUCUCUUAGUAGAAGUGGUAUUCUUUCCUUAGACCGGGCAGAUGCGGUUAUUGAAAUUUCUGAGUGGGUUGAAGUACCAAGAAAGAACUCGACUGUGGAAAACUCAACUGCUGCUACACCCAAUGUGACACUAGAAGCUAAUACAACUGAAGAAAGCACCGAGAAGCCACCAGUUGAUAGUGCAAGUAGCAUUAAGAGUAACACUAGUCUGGAAGAACAAGGUUCUGAAGAUCUUGUUCCUGAAAAAAAGUUGAAAAAGCGGACCUUUAGGGUACCACUGAAGAUCACUGACAAGACAUCAGGACCUGGAAAGCCCCUUUCUAAGGAGUAUCUUGCUGAAGCUAAAGGUAAAUUGGAAGCUCUUGACAAAAAGGAUGCCGAGAGGAGAAGAACGGCAGAGUUGAAGAACAAUUUAGAAAGCUACAUAUAUGCUACCAAAGAACAGCUUGAAACAUCAGAGGAAUUUUCGAAAAUAUCCACUAGUGAGGAACAACAAUCCUUUAUCGAGAAGAUGGAUGAGGUGCAAGAAUGGCUAUAUACUGAGGGUGAAGAUGCCACCGCUACAGAGUUUCAGGAGAAGCUGAAGUCACUAAAAGCUAUGGGUGAUCCAAUGUUUUUCAGGUUGAAAGAACUUACAGCGCGACCAGCGGCUGUUGAGCAUGCUCGUGGUUACCUUCUUGAGCUAAAAGAGAUUGUGAAGAGUUGGGAGACAAACAAACCCUGGAUUCCCAGGGAGAGAAUAGAUGAGGUACUGAGUGAUGCUGAUAAGUUAAAGAUCUGGUUAGAAGAGAAGGAGGGUGAGCAGAAGGGCUCUGGAAAUAGCAAGCUUGCCUUUACGUCUGAUGAAGUGUACAGGAAGAUUCUCAGCCUGCAAGACAAGGUUACUGGUGUCAAUAGAAUUCCAAAGCCAAAGCCCAAGAUAGAAAAGCCUGCAAAGAAUGAAACAGAAAAGAAACCCAACUCUUCCUCCGAGGAAGGCCCUCAGGAGGACCAGCCAAGCAAGGACUCGGAUGGCGGGGCCGAGGAGAAUGUGAAAGGAGAAACUAAAGCUGAAGCUGAAGCCGAAUCCGAAGCUCAAGUCCAUGAUGAGUUGUGAUCGAGGCCAAAAUCCCUACCAUUGAGGCGUUGGUAGUACAGAAGGGGAAGAUUUACAAAGUAGCAAUUUUGAACCGAACAAAAUUAACGACUGCCUUAACCUUUUUGUAGGAAAGGCUCCUAUGAGCACAUCCCCAGUACAAUUUUUGCUUAGUACACACGAGAUUUUCUUCCCCUAAUUAAUUUCCGUGAUGAGGCAUACAAUGUAAGGGUUAUUGGGCCACCCCACGUUAUUGAGAUGGUGGUCGGUUGAUAACAGUACUAAAGGCUUGGUUUGGGAGUGUUAUGCAGAAGUAUUCAAAUAAAAUUGCUGAAAAGUAAGUGCUGAUUUCAGAAUAAA